UGGAUGCAGUUAGAAGAAAUCUGCAAUAUAUAUGUUCUAAUGUCAUUCCUUCCCAGAAUUUCUGGACAGCAAUGACAACAUCAGGGCUGCUUGAUGCUGCUGCAAUCUCAGCAUUUAAGGAAAGAAGUGUUUCUUCACAGCAAGAGAUGGCAUUUUGUUUGCUAUUUCUGACUUCAAAGAAAAGUCAUAGCAUUAAGGACUUCAUCAAACUGGUUCAAUCUACUCAGCCACAGCUACAACCAGAUCAAGUGAAGCAAAUGAAAGACUUCAUGAAAGAAGGAUGGGAGGUAUUCCGUGAACAAGUUAUAAAAGUUCUCCUUAGUUUCAUCCACACCGAAGUGGCCAUUCACCAUGAAGAGCAAACAAGAAUGGAACCAGUCCUCAAACAGGUAGAAACAGAACCGAUUCACAACAGUGAAGCAAUUAGGAAGCUUGAGAAGGAAAUCAGUGAUUUGAGGGACAAAGUUCAGCAUUAUAAAACACUGUGGCGAAACAGUCAAGCAAAGCAGAGUCAAGAAAAGCAAUCUUUGGCAUAUAAUGCUUGGAAGAAAAACAAUCCAAUCAAACGAGCAGUACCUGUAGCAAUUCAGACAGAAAACACUAGUCAUGAAGAUACUGGUACCAUGACAGUAUUAAUGUCUGAAAACAAAGACAUGCAGACCACAAUGACUCUUGCCAACAUUGAGAAAUUGGAGCAAAAGAUCAAAUUGAUGGAAGAAAGGUUCAGAAAACAGCUAGAUACAAAAGAGCAAGAGAUACAAACUGUUCCCACUUUUUCAGUGAUGAACAAAAUGGUUAGAGAAAAGACACAGAAACCAAGACGUCCUACAACAGCAUAUAUACCUCCUCAAACCCAAAAGUCAAGCAAAAAAAGUCCUGUUAAAUCAGUAAAACAACCUAAAGAAGAAAUUGAUAGUGGAACUCUGGAAGUAGAUGAGCAGGGUGGGGCCUUGGAACUUUCAAAUGCAGCAUUCACCGUUCCUCCUGACUCAGUGGACGGUCAUGUGACCAUGAAUGCUGCAACGUACCUCCCUAGCCAAGACCAAAUCAAAGAACUAGAGCAAGGGCAAGUGUCUUCAGAAAUCCAACCUGGAAAAUGUAUCAAACUGACAACAAUGCCUUCCACUAUAAUAAAAAAGAUCCUUGUUAAGUCUAAAAUUCCACCAGAUGCAAAAUAUCGGAGGUGUAUGCCGCAAAGUUUUAUGCUACACAAAACCAGAAAGAGAAGAAACCCUGGAGAAACACAGUAUGAAGAUGUUACCAGUACAUGUGGCUGUAAGAAAUCUGGUGCUGACAUGGUGGAAUACACCAUCAAUGGGUGUGGAGAAUACCAAGAGUACUGGGCCAUCAGAGUGGAGCUGAAAGAUCAAGAAAUUCACACACUUAAAGAAAAACUAGCAAAUCUGAGAAACCUAGGUACUUGCAUUUGUGACUUCACAGCUUUCAUACCCCCAGCGCCACCUGUUAACAGACUUGUCAUAUCAGCCACAAAUCAAGACCUGGCACGAAAAUGCCCUAAAAUAAAAGAGCUCAGACAGAAGAACAUGAUAGAAAUUGACAAUCAGCCUAGUUCUCACUCUAUACACCACAAAGAUCUUCUGAUAUUCAAAAAGGAACAGAAGACAGUGAUGCUGAAAAUGGAAGUUGACAUGACCGAAAUGAAAGCAAAAGGACAGAACUUCCAGCUUCCACUGGGGAAGGAGCCAAUACCUACAGAAGUGUCUAUACUUCACAGUCCACAUUACUGUGUAACACAUGAAAAUGAUCCAGUCAUGCUAUGCACCCUGACCUUUAGUGCUGCAAGCCUUGUUUCACCUUCUCCUUUAUCUUACAGUAUGCCUUAUCAGAAGUGCCUGAAAAAACACUGGUGCCUUCUUGUAGAUAAUUUGGAUGUUUCCAGUAUCCUCAACUACAUGUUUCAAGAAGACAUCAUAAGCGGCCGUCAAAAAAAUGAGAUCAAGAGCAAGCAUGUAAAAGAAGAAAAAAAUGAAAAACUUUUGGAAAUACUAAUGACUGCUGGAGAAAAGGGGUUUCAAAUUUUCUGUACUUCAUUGGACCAAAGCGAGGGGUCUCAGUGGCUCGUUAAAAAACUGCGCGAUGCUUGAAUAUAGUAAAGUUAAACCAUAGAUCUAUACAGUGUGAAAAUUGAAGAAAAAUAUCUAAAAAAAAAUGGCUUAUUAUUUGUCAGAAACAAGUAAAACUUUCACUUAUAUACUCUAAAUGGAUGAAUGCAAGGAAAGACAAAAAGACAGACAGAUUUCUCUAUGCAUUUAAUGUAUGCAUGUUAAUUUUAAGUCAGACAGAAGGACAGUUAAUUAUCUUUUUGUAGAAUGUUUCCAUGUAAAUUUUGUAAGUCCAACAAGCAAUGUAGUCUUACAUUCUCCAACAGAAGUAUUCUUGACACAUAUUACAAAUAAUGCAAUCAUUAUAUGUUCAUGUAUGAGACUUGAUGAACAUGAAGUAUUGCAAGAAUUAAGUCUGCCAGAAACUCAUUUGAAAGAAACUUAAAGGGAUAAUAACUCUUCGUUUUGGCCAAAAAAUGAAUUUUCCUGGAGUAAACAACAAU